CUUCCUCUUCCUGCAUCUGCUCAUCACCAUUUCAGACAAUGUCGCUAUAUCAAACACCUUCAGCGAACAAGAACAGACGUCGCCCUGGAGGUAUCUCAUCUGGUACACCUCGCUUAGGUGGAACAUCUGGUCAACCAUCUACGGGAGUAUUGAGCAAUGGAAAUGCACAUACACACAAUGCAGGUGGAAUAACGAACGAUUUGACAGACGAACAAAGACAGGAGAUCAAAGAAGCUUUUGAGCUCUUUGAUACAGACAAAGAUGGUGCGAUUGAUUAUCACGAGCUCAAAGUUGCUAUGCGUGCUCUUGGCUUCGAUCUCAAGAAAGCCGAAGUAUUGAAGAUCUUACGGGAUAAUGAUCACAAAGGAGAAGGUGUGAUGGAAUGGGAGGACUUUCUACGUGUCAUGUCACACCGAAUCUCUCUGCGAGACCCAAUGGAGGAAAUUAGAAGAGCAUUCAGCCUAUUUGACGACGAUGGAAAGGGUAAAAUCUCAAUCAAGAACCUCAAACGUGUUGCCAAAGAACUCGGAGAAGGUCUUGACGAAGAAGAGCUACAGGCUAUGAUUGAUGAAUUCGAUUUGGAUCAAGAUGGAGAAAUCAACGAACAAGAAUUUAUUCAAAUUAUGAUGGAUGAUACCUGACCUGCAUAUUUCCACGAAACCAAAGAUGAUCGGACUGUACCCUUUUCGCACUCUUUUUGUUUCUUCUUCUCUUUUCUGUAUAUUAUACGAUUUAUAUUACAAGCGAGCAAAAUGUUUAUGUUGUACAAG